CUCUGCCUCCUUAUUGGUGUGAGCAUUUGGCUGUCCUGACUUGCAGCGAUGGCAGGCCUUUGAGAGUCAACGCUUCCUUCUGGUUGCUUCAAUGGCAACAUGUCAAACCAGUUUAUGCACAUGGGCAGGACCUGGAGGGGAGUUGGGGUGGAGGCGGGAGCCAUCAGCCUUGUCUUUGGUUCGGCACAAGUUACCGUUGGACACCAGGAUGCAGCAGAAUCCCAAAGUAUACACUUUUUUUCAACUGAGCUACUAAUAAAGUCGGAAAUGUUCCAUCACCUACAGUGUGUGACAAAGUUCUCAUCUGCAAAACCAACAGAAAAAAAAAAAUGUUGGGUGGGUGAACAUAAAAAAGAUGGGAGUGUGGUGUAGUUUGUACAGUGUUUUCGUGUUAAAUUGCAUGUGCGACCAAAAGUUCAUUGCCUACGUUUAAAAGUUUUCCAAAUGUGGAGCCCUAAUACAAUAAAGGAAUCGUUUGCGAAGAGGACGCUCAAACAGGUUACAGGUGGAUGUUUGCGAGCGUUCCUUUGUUUGCGUGUGUGCGCUGCUCUUUGUGCACACAGGUGUUGCACAACAGAAGAGUCCUCAGUCCUUCUGAAAGUCAGUGAUUUAUCUGAGCGGCGUUCACAGCGGAGGAGUUUCUGUGUGCCUCAUACAGACGAAUUGAUCUGGACUUCCAACGUGUCGUGUUUUUUGUACCCCCGUCCCCCUCCCCCGAAACAGCGCGAGCAGAAACAAGCCUUACAAGGUCGUGUCAUUUAUGGUGUGCAGAUUUAUCUGGUCCAACUACUUCGUCUGCACGCCGUCGCCGCACGGGUUGUUUUUCUUUCAUUUUCCUCUUUGUUUUCCUUGGAAUCAACGAAGGGGAUAAUAAACCACAACAGCGUGAAGAUGGAGACACCCAUCCAGGACGUGAAACCAGCAGUGGCAGAUACAAGGCUGCAGUCUGCAGUCUGCUUGGAAGGGUCGUGUGUGGACUACAACCAGAGAGUCAAACAUGCAAAGAACUUCCCUGUCAUUUCUGGAUAUUCGCAUUUAUUUACUGCAUCAUCGUCCUUGACAGAUGAUCAGAAGGUAUUACUGAAUCCCUCUGCUGUUGGAUUAUUGCUUGAGCCAAAGACCGCAACCCAGUCAAUCUCAGCUCUUUGCACCAGCAAGACAGAGGGUGAGACGAUGGGGCGGAAGAAUUCAGGGAGGAGGAGGUCCCGCAAGAAUUCUCAUGGGGAUCCAACCAGCCCUCAAGAGUGCACCUCACCAAAAACCCCCAUAAAUUUACCAAGUUCCCCUGACCCAGGUAAUACCAGUAAGACCCCAAGCUUGGUGGAGGACUCACCUGUGUUUGCCUUACCUGUAUCUGUUGUUGGCUCAGAUGUCGAUGUCCCAGAGGGUUUGCUUGUCUGUCCUUCCCCUUCUGAGCCAGCCACCAUGACAGUGGCCUCCCCGGAAAGAGGGUUUAGCUGCGCUGCUCCAGAGAACCCCAAACCAUUGAUGAUGCAUAUGGAGACUACAGGGUCAAAGCAAGAAUUGCAAGCUGAUAAGUUCUUUGCCAAGAAAGUACUGGUGAAUCCGGAGUUGGAUGACGAUAAUGACACAGGCUUUGAACAAACAAAACAAAAUGCGAGUGCUGAAGGGAAGGUCUCCCAGAUGUUUGGAGUGAAACAAUCACCAAAUCUGAAAAGGGAAAAUGUGGUCAAUCUAAAUACUGAAAGCACAGGCAAGAUAGCAGAUAAAAUCAGUCUUUUUGAGGGUCGGGUAGCAAACCAAGACAACAAAACUGGUCAUGUCACAAGGAGUGUGGAUCGUUCCUCAAGAUCAACAGAAAGACUAAUUGAAAGGGUUGCAUGGAAGUCACGGUCGGCUGACCGUGGGGUGACUUCUGGACCAGUUGGACCAGGAAAUAUGACAAAACCGUUUUUUGGACACUCUGUGGCUUUGAAAACAAAGACUGUCAGGGAAAGGGCUAAAGACUUCACAGAGAAUUUCCAGAGUAACAACAGAACAAGUGUUGUCACACACCGCAGUCCAUUUCAAAAAUCUACCCAGGGAGGUAAUAUCAUAGAGAGUAAUACUGACAUUGUGAUAUCAAAGUCCCAAGUGGAGAACACCCCCCCUGUGCCUAACGUCUUUUUAAGCCAAGAGAAGUUAAGGUCAAACCUUCAUAACAAAGACCUUAUUAUAAAAGACAGCCCCUCUAUUGUCUGUCAGGAUAGUCAGAACUAUAACAUACUGGAUGACCAGACCUCAGAAAAGUCUGUCACUUCAGUCUCUAAGAUGAAGAAAGAACAAAAAGUGGGAGGUACACAUAGAGCAAUGCCCAGCAGUGAAAGUGAACAAGAUCAGUGCUCUAUAAAUGAGAGAACCCCAACUACACAUGAGCAAACCUCAAUUAUUGUUACAGCAGUGGGGUCUGUCAAGAAUGAGGAUAAUAGAGGACACAAGUCUAACAAAAACAACCUAUUACUACAAUGUGGAUUGCAGGCAACAGAGCAAAUGGUGUCCACAAUCACGGAUGACACCGAUAGCAAACAAUCUAUCAGUGAUCUUACAAUCAAGGAAUUGAAAUCAGAUGUUAAAGGGACAGUGAGUGCCAAAGUGUUGACAAUACCGCUGAAACAGAAAGGGCCAAAGAUAAGGGUUGUGGGGAAAAUAACAGCUGAUGAAGUGAGAGACCUUUCAGAGACAUCACAAAACACAAUAAAAGUGCACCACCCUGGUCUGGCACCAUUACGUGAAGAAUCCUUGCAUAACCAAGCAGACUUAACUGCAGUGGCCACACGGGCAGAUAACAAGAUGAUACAGUCUGUUGCUAUUCUGUCAACAUCAGAGCUUAUCAAACCUCUGAACCGCACCAAAGAGGAAAAGACUACUGAAAUCAAAAUGAAAAAAGAGCACUCUGCCAAAGAGCAUAGUUAUACCUCACAGGUGGCUACAGAAGUAAAAAUUUCUGUAAAAUACCCAGUAAACAUAAAUAUCCCUGAAAUUCAACCUCCUGACAAGGUGUCUAAUGCAUCUGUAUCUGCUUAUAAAACUUUUGAAGGCAAAGUCUCUCAGUGUGUCACAGAUGACAGUGUGAUGAAACCUAUGAGAAAACAGAAAACACUAAAGGUCAACAAACUUCAAAGUGAAGGUUGGGCAAAACAGGAAAAAUUCUUGAAAAGUACAAAGAAAGAAGGUCAAUCUGAUCACACUGGUAUGGAAACAGAGAACUCUGUGAAUGAUUCCAGAAGCAAAAGUUCUGUGCAUGAUACACCUAAUGUGCAGUUAGAAACUUCUGGACUUAAAUAUGAAAUGUCAACAGGCAAAGUAUCUCAGCUAAUUGCACUGUCCCAACCAAAUCACAAAUCUGCUGACACGCAGAAGAAAACAUCUGUGAAAGGAACAGAUGAAAACCGUAAGGUCAGCCAUUCAGUUAACACGCAUCCGCACCAUACAAGUGUUGCUGCUGAUACCUCAUCUAGCUUUAAAUCUGCAGUGACUGACGUAGGUGAUUUGGCACCUGCUGUCAGUAUGCUCUCAGAACACACACCUUUUCAUGAGUCUCAUGCCGUGAGCAGGCACAGCCAUACAUUAGACAGGGAGACCAAUCAGCAUAAAAAUAUCCAUCCAGUAUCCGUGACAGACCUUCCAGUUAUCUCUAGAAGAAAGAGAACGAAGGAGGGAUUAUCUUUAGACUACGAGACAGACAUCACAAAUGAAAGUCUUUCUGGGUCCAGUCCAUCUUUCCUUCCGAAGGUAAAGAAGUAUGAGGCAAAACAAAAAGCGACCUCUCCUGUGAAUCAGUUGCAGAAAGGCAGGCUAGAAAGUUCACAGUGCCAGUCAGUAGAACAAAAUAUACCAGAGAAGGCCAGAAUCUCGGCAGUUAAAGAAACUUCACGAAAAGGAAUAGGAUUCCAUGAUCAUGACUCGUCAGAAAAACAGACAGACUCAUUUGUGAUGGAACAACAAGCAGAUAAUAAACUGAAACCACUUGACCCUAAAUAUUCAAUAUCUAAAGUAGCCGAGGCUAUAAAUGAUACUAACACCCAAGACAAAAAUACCACGAAAGGACAGGCUGAUGAUGCUGCCACUAAAGCAAAAAAGCCUGGGGCAAGUAAGUUGUCACCGGCUGUAGAUGUCUUUCCAAAACACACGUCUAUUAGUGUUUCUUAUGCAAAUUCAAGGACCCUGGACCAAGAGAGUGGGAAUAAUCAGCAAGAAAAUGUGCCUUCAGCACCAAUAAAGGACCCUCCUUUGAAGUCAGUAGAUGAAAACAGUAAGGGGGAAUGGCCAAAAACUAAGUUAGAAAGUCCUUCACAAAUCACCAUUUUUAAUCCUUCAAAGGAAAGGGAAUCGGGGCAAAACUAUAGACAGAUGGCUGCUACUGUAAGCCUUGCACUGAAAGGGGAACUGGAAGAGUCAAAAUGCUUGUCAUUGCAACAGAAAGAGCUGGACAAGGGUGAGCUUGGAAUUUCAGUAGAUGAAGACAGAAGCCAUUCAGACACAUCACAGAAAGGAAGACUGCACAGGGAGGAGAUUUUGCAACAUCAGACAGACUCAUCCACUGCAGCCACACAGAAAGAUUUCAAGCUGAAUCCACCUUUAACAAAACAUUCAAUGUCCGUGGUUUCCAAGUCUCAGAAUAAUAACUGCACUGCAGAGGAGAAAGCCUUGGAAAGCAGUGUGAAAAAAGAGCAGUCUGCUCAUGUGUUUGAUGCCACUUCUCUAGUGGUCUCACAAAUAAAAAAUUCAGUAAAGGACAUCAGCCACAAUGACACUGAGUGUCCACCUCCUAAUGAGAGGUCAUUUGAACCUAACAAUAAAGAUGUAGCAAGCAAAGCCCUUGAGUCCACAGAGGGACAGUUGCAAACAGAUAAGCAUCAUUGUGGUAAUGCAUGGAAGGAAGAAAUAUAUCUAAAAGUUAAAAGCAAAGCCCAUGUUGAAGAAAAGACUGUUUCUGCUAUAACUACCUCUGCUGUGGUUCCUGAGUUAGAAAAACUGCAGGUAAAUCAGAAGGAAGAAGUUCCAUUUGGAAACCAGUCAUUCAAAGGGCAACCAGAAAAGGGACUGCCAGCUGAAAGUCCAACUCAAGCUGAAAAUAAAGAAACUCAGCAUAUUUUACAUUUUACUGCCACAGAGACUAAUACUCUGAGUUCAGGGGAGGGAGUUGGGACAAUGGGGGCAAAAUCUACCAUCACAGAGACAACAGCAAAGGUGAAUCAGGAAAAGUUCCUAUUUGGAAGCCAGUCACCCAAAGGGGAACCAGAAAAGCCUCAGGGACUACCAGUUGAAAGUCCAACUCAAACUGAAAAUGAAGAAACUGAGCCUAUUUUACAUAUUACUGCUGUAGAAACUAAUACCCAAAGUACAUGUGAGGCAGCUGGGACUAUGGCGGAAAACUCUGGCAUUACAGAAAAAACAGUAAAGGCAAAUCGAAAAGAAGAGGUCUCAUCUGGAUGCCAGUCCCCCAAAGGGGAACCAGAAAAGCCACAAGGACAAUCAUUUGAAAGUCUAUUGCAAACAGAAAAAGAAACUCAGCCUGUUUUACAUGUCAGUGUUAUAGAGAGAAAUACCCAGAGUAUAGGGGAAUCAGUUGGAAUAAUGGAAGAAAAAUCUGACAUUACAGAGAAAACAAUAAUGGAAGAUCAAAAGGAAAAUGCCCCAUUUAGAGGCCAAUCACUGAAAGGGCAACCAGAAAAGCCACAAGGACAAUUAGCUGAAUGUCCAACUCAAAUUGAAAAUAAAGAAACUCAGCCUAUUUCACACGCCACUGUGACAGAAACUAAUACUCAGAGUAUAGAUGAGGUAGUUGAGACAAUGGGGGCAAAAUCUGGCAUUACAGAGAAAAAAGUAAAGUCAGACCAGAAAGUAAAGGUCCAGUUUGGAGGUCUCCUCCCCAAAGGACAACAUGAAAUGGCACAAGGACAAUCAGUUGAAAGUUCCCUGCAAAUAGAAAAAGAAACUCAAGGUACUUUUCAUGUCAUUGGUGCAGAGACGAAUACCCAAAGUACAGGUGAGGCCGUUGAGACAUUGGGAGCAAAAUCUACCAUCACAGAGACAACGGACAAGGUGAAUCAGAAGGAAAAGGUUCCAUUUGGAAGCCAAUCACCCAAAGCGCAGCCAGAAGAGCUACAGGGACAGGGAUCUUUAUCAUCUGAAGAUCAAGCUCGAAUAGAAGACAAAGAAACUCAGCUUAUUUUACAUCUCAGUUCUCCAGAGAUUAAUACGCAGAAUACAAGUGAGGAAGCUAGGACUAUGAGAGAAAACUCUGGCAUUACAGAGAAAACAGUAACGGCAAAUCAAAAGGAAGAGGUCCUUUUUGGAUUUCAGCCCCCCAAAGGGGAACCAGAAAAGCCACAAGGGCAAUCAGUAGAAAGUCCACUGCAAAUAGAAAGAGAACCUCAGCCUGUUAUACAUCUCAGUGCUAUAGAGAUAAAUACCCAGAGUAUAGGGAUGGCAGUUGGGACAGUGGGGGCGAAAUCUGGCAUUACAGAGACAGUGGUAAAGGGAAAUCAGAAGGAAGAGGUCCCAUUUGGAAGCCAGUCCCCCAAAGGGGAUUCUGAAAAACCACGAGGGCAAGCUGUUGAAAGUCCACUAGAAAUAGAUAAAGAAAAUCAACCUGUUUUACAUGUCACUGCUAUAGAGAUAAAUACCCAGAGUAUAAGGGAGGCAGUUGGAACAAUGGGGGCAAAAUCUGACAUUACAGAGAAAACAGUAAAAGCAGAUCAGAAAGAAAAAAUACCAUUUGGAAGCCAGUGUCCCAAAGGUCAACCAGAAAAGCCACGAGGACAAUUAGUCGAAAGUUUACUACAAAUAGAAAACAAAGAAACUCAGCCUAUUUUACAUGUUACUGCUACAGAGACUAAUGUCCAGAAUUCAGGGGAGGCAGAUGGGACAAUGGGGACAAUAUCUGGCAUUACAGAGACAGUGGUAAAGGUAAAUCAGAAGGAACAAGUCCUGUUUGGAAGCCAGUCACCCAAAGUUCAACCAGAAAAGCCUCAGGGACUACCAGUUGAAAGUCCAACUCAAACUGAAAACAAAGAAACUGAGCCUAUUUUACAUUUUACUGCUACAGAGACUAAUACUCUGAGUUCAGGGGAGGGAGUUGGGACAAUGGGGGCAAAGUCUACCAUUACAGAGACAACAGAAAAGGUGAAUCAGAAGGAAAAGUUCCCAUUUGGAAGCCAGUCACCCAAAGGGCAACCAGAAAAGCCUCAUGGACCAUUAGCUGAAGGUCAAGCACAAAUUGAAAACAAAGAAACUGAGCCUAUUUUACAUCUCUCUGCUUCAGAGACUAACAGUGAUAGUGCAAGUGAGGAAGUUAGGAAGAUGGUCCUGUAUUCUGGCAUUUCAGAGACAAAGGCUGGCUCCCGUUUUGAAGCUGCCAUAGGGUCUGAGGUGAGCUUUCUAACAAGCAAAUGGCAUCCAUCUCCUGAAGGGCAGCCAGCCAGAAAAGCAGUUCCCUCUAGCUGGCUGGAUGUUGAUCAAAACCUAACCCAGAAGAAACCAAAAAAACCCAAAGGAACCCUGAGCUCCUCUGUCAGUGAAGAAAACCUUUUUGACACCUCAGAUGAGUUAAAAGACUUCAUAGAGAAAAUUAAGAGGCUGGGUGCUCCGUUUGCUCUACCACCAAGGAAGCUUGGUCAGGUCAAGUUUCCCUCUGCUCCUUCUAAAAUGCCUACCAUCAAAGAAGAUUAUUUUGAGAAGGCUUUUGACUCAGAGGAGUUCCCGUUUGGACUAAGGAAGAAAACAGGCAAGAAAAAUCGAACUCCUGGGAUGUUGGGGAGAGUAUACAGCACUGAGGCCAGGGGCAAGCUGGAGCUAGAACAAGCUAACGCUGAGGAGAGCAGCAUUCUCUUUCAGUCACAUCACACCUGUGGCAAGGAACAGGAAGAGAAGAAGGAGAAGGAGUUGAAGGAUAUGACAGAGGAAGAGCCCAGUCCUUUUUCAUCACGCUUGGGAAAGAGCACUAUCUUUUCCAGCCUCCUGAGGUCCUCCUCCAAAGCCAAAAGGUCUGGUGAUAAGGUACAUUCUGCCCAAGGCAGUGCGGUUUCCACCAGCAGUGCCAUCAGCCCUUUAACUCCAGUGACAAAGACCACAGUGCAGCCGCUUCCUUCACCGGACAGGGCUUCAGCUGCUCAGGACACUGUAUCAGCAACAGCCACUAACCCAGGUCACAGUCCCGCAGCUGCUUUCCCUUUGGUCCCAGAGAUUGUGCUGCCUGAUCAUUCAGCAGAUGCCUUUCCCCAGGUCUGGAAAGCUCUGAUUAAAUCAGAAGACCAUCAGAAAUUGCAGCCAGGAACAGGGGUUGAUCCUCUGGUUCCCAGCACAAUGGAUCCAAAGAUCGACAUUGGCAUUCACACAGCAGAUGCUGGACCCUCUGAAAUACCGGGACAGACCUCUGCCAGCGUACUAGACAGCAUUGCCCCUGUCCCUGAACUUAGUGCAGGCAAUGUUACCUUCCCAGCUGUAAAAGGAUUCCACACCCGUCCAGGAAAGAUUGUGAUUUAUGAGCAAGCUCAGUUCAGUGGCAAGGCUUUUGAAGUGUUCAGAGACCUGAAGGAUUCUACCUCGCUGAAACUGUCCCCUGUCAUUUCUAUCAGGGUCAUCAGAGGAUGUUGGAUAUUAUAUGAGAAGCCUAGAUUUGAGGGGCGUUCCAUUGCUCUGGAGGAGGGACCUAUCCAGCUGAGGAAUAUCUGGGCUGAAGGAGGGUUAGCCGAACAAUCGCAUCAGACUUUGCCCACAGCCCCCAUUGUCAUUGGCUCCAUCCGCCUGGCCGUCAAGGACUACAGCAUUCCCCACAUUGACCUGUUCUCAGAGCCUCGAGGUUUAGGUAGAGUGAUAUCCUAUUUUGACAGCACAGUGGACAUCUGCAAUUUUGGGAUUCUACAGAGCACAGCAUCCAUCAAGGUCCACUCUGGGGUCUGGUUGCUUUACAGUGACCCAGGGUUCCAAGGCCUCCUGGCAUUGCUGGACGCAGGGGAGUAUCCCUGUCCUGAGUCCUGGGGCUUCCCUGCACCAUUUGUUGGCUCCCUGCGACCCCUGAAAAUGGGCGGCCUGAAAGUGGAGAACCCAAAUGAAGUAAAGGCCCUGCUGUAUGAGAAGCCAGGUUUUGAGGGGCCAAGCACAGAGGUCAAUGGGGAUGUUUUCAGCUGUGUAGAAAAGGCACAGGAAGAGAAGGACGGUGAUGCAAAAGCUUCAGAAUCAGUCAGCAAGGCACUGAGCUCCGUGGGCUCUCUGAAAAUAUUUGGAGGACUCUGGGUGGGGUAUGAGGAGCCCAGGUUUGAGGGUCCGCAGUAUGUCCUGGAAGAGGGAGAAUAUGUGGACUGGAGAGACUGGGGUGGAAGGAGUGAAAAGCUUCUAUCACUGCGACCUGUUCUGACUGACUUUCUGUCUCCACACCUGACGAUGUACAGUGAGCCAGACUUUGAUCCAAGAGGAAUCAGCAUUGACCUUGUAGGACCUGUCUUCAACAUGGAAGACACAAACUAUGGGACAAGGAGUCAGUCUAUAGAUGUCAUCAGAGGCAUGUGGGUGGCUUUCGAGAACCCGCACUUCUCUGGAGAGGUGUACGUCCUUGAAAAAGGCCUCUACAGCAAACCAAAUGACUGGGGAGCUCAUGACAUGAAAAUCUCCUCCCUGCAGCCUGUCCUUCAGGAUAAUAUGGGUAACUCUUCCAAAUUUAAGGUGCAGCUGUUCUCUGAGCCUGGGUUCAAAGGCACUUUCCGGAUUCUUGAUACCAGUGUUGCAGAGCUGCCAGAGGGUUUCUCCGUGGAGUCCUGCAGAGUGCUGGCAGGCAGCUGGCUCGGCUUCGAAAGCCAAGGUUUCGCCGGCCGCACCUACGUGCUCGAAGAAGGGAACUAUCCCGACCUAAGAGCCAUGGGAUGCUUUCCGCCAGAUUCCUCCAUUCGCUCCCUGCAAACUACUGGCUUUGAGUUCUCAAUCCCAUCCAUCACACUUUUCUCCAAACCACGCUUCAGGGGUAGGAAGGUGGUUCUGAAGAGUGGUGCAGUGAACCUGCAGCUGGCUGGGUGUGAUGGCCGGAUCCAGUCGGUGCUUGUGGAUGGUGGGAUGUGGGUGGUGUACGAGGGCAGCAACUUCCACGGCCGACAGAUCUUGUUGAGACCCUGUGAGGUGGAAGACUGGUGUAAAUUCAGCACCUGUCAGCGAAUUGGAUCACUGCGUCCGCUGAUCCAGAAACCGGUGUACUUCCGCCUGCGAAACAUGCGGACGGGCUUGCUCAUGUCACUCACGGGAACACUGGAUGAUGUCAAGCUUAUACGUAUCCAGGCAACAGAAGAAACUGGUGGCGCUGAGCAGAUCUGGAUCUACCAGGAUGGUCUGCUACAUUGCAAGAUGCUGGAGGACUGUUGCCUGGAGACCACAGGGAACAUGGUGAUGGCAGGCAGCAGGCUGGGCCUCUCCCCAGAGCGUGGGAAAGAGCUCCACUUCUGGAACAUCACUGCUGAUGGGCUCGUGCGCUGCUAUGUGAAACCGAACCUGGUGUUGGAGGUCAAAGGAGGACAGCAAUACGACAAACAUCAAGUCAUUCUAAACGUGUUUGAUGAAAACAAGCAAAGCCAAAGAUGGUUGCUGGAGAUCCUGUGAGAUCACCCAAAAUGUAUAACAGUAGCUCCCGUCAUGACCCAGGGCUCAGUAAAACAGCUGUGCAGAAGGCCCUUCUGCUCGGCGACGCAGGGCUGUGGUUGAUCAGUGCACGAUAUACAGAAUAAUUUCAUGGGCCAUCUAUGACACAGGCCUUUUCUUGGGAAACUUCAAACUGGAUGUUUUGUAACAAAAACUGCUUUUUGUCAGGCUAAACAGUUGCAAGUUGUAUUUUGUAGCCAAAUUGCAAUUUGUAUAAAAUUUUCAAUAAGAUAAAUGAUAAAAAUGGUGUUAGAGGCAUAGCAAAACAAUGCAGAAUAUAAUUAAUUAUUUAAACACCAAUCAGACCAGCUGCUCUUCACACAAUGCAUUCAGGAAUUCCUCAGCUGAUUAGGCAGGGGAUGAUCGGAUUAGAGAGCAGUGUUGUUCCAUAAUGUAGUUGGGGCACCAUGAUCCAAUGCCUCUAAAUCCCUCUAACACUAGUCAGUAUUGUGAAAUUUUUAGAAACUAGAGUGAAUCAGGAACUUGUCUUCCAACAACUGCCAUUUGUACCAUAGUUUCAUUUAGUUUGCUGAUGAAUUAUGUUACUUCAAGCUACUUUUUAAAGAAUUAAUCAGGUAUCCUGAUUGUUUUAAUCAGGGAAAUGUUGUCUUGCUUCCUUGUUUCUACAUCUUUUUAAUGUAUAGAUUCCCUUUUAGUUCCACUCAUUUUUUUCACAUGCUAUCUUAUUCACUUAUAAGCCCAAAACAUUUGGAAAAGGGUAAUUGAGUGGACUUCAUUAUUUCUGAUUUGUUGAUGCUUUUAUCCAAAGCAGCUUCCAGUGUUUGAUCCAUUUAUACAGCUGAUCAUUUUACUGUAUUAAUUUAGAUAUACUUAGAUAAUCUAGUUUUGGAUAAACUACCUUGUUUAAGGGUACUAUUAGCAGUAACAGGGAGUGGGAAUUUUACUGUAUAUACUGUGAAUAAAUGUGAAUAUUUAUAGUACAAAAUGUUUUGCAAAAAGAUUUAGUUUCUUUGAAUU